UUCAGCUCAAGUUUGACCUCGAGUUCUCGCCAAGUCCCCCAUAAAAUCAUAAAACUAUAAAACAUACGAUCAAAAUGUUCGUGAAAUCGGACGAUUCUGUCGACGCGGCUGAAACCGAUUCUCCUAUAGACUUUGCGAAAUUGUUUAACGUUUGUCGUGUAACUCUACGUACACUUGGAGUAUUCACUGUAGACACAAUUUUCUCAAAGUCUAAGAGAAAAAUUUGGGACAUGAAGGCACUGUAUUACGUUUUUUGGUUGUUGCCCACUUUCUUCGCCAAUUUCUGUGAAUUUCGGAGUGUCUUAUCUUUUUGGAAGACUGAUGUCUAUUACGCGCUGGAAGUGACAACAGCUGUGCUGAGUGGAGUAAUCGUUAUGGCACAAGGAUUCUUCGUAUAUCACUCACGAAAUGACUUGUUAGAAGUAAUAGCUGAACUUCGUAAUCUAUGGCAAAAGCAAUUAGCUCUCAACAUUCCAGAUGUUAUUGUGAAGAAAGUCAAAAGGGCGAGAUUUUUCACUCAAGUUUAUGCCACACUCAUCAUACUUCUAGCGAUAACUUACUCAAUUAGGCCAUAUCUCUUACUACUCACACAUGUUAUAUCCAGAAAAAACGAAACGUACGACAUGAGUCAAACAGUUUUCCAAGCGAUAUAUCCAGUCCAAAUUGACACAUUUGUUAAAUAUAUCAUAUGGAUAACGCUGGAAGCCCUGGUAUUCGUCAAUGUCUCUGCGUCAUGGAUAGGAGCAGACAUGAUCUUUCUCCAACUGGCGACCCACCUGUCCUCGCAAUAUCAAAUUCUCCAUGACGACUUGAUUGCACUUGGAACUGGGGAAUCCAACCAAUAUACUCCGGUACAACAAUUGAAUACUAUGGGCAAACGUCAUACACACUUGUUACUAUUGUCGGACAAAUUCCAAAGGAUAUUCAGCCCUAUUUUACUGGUACUCAUGCUGGUGACGAGUGUCAACAUUUGCAUAUGCAUCAUCAAUCUUCAGGAAGAACUUAUGCAACAAAAUUAUGCUGGGGUUAAUAAAUGUGCUGUGCAUACUGUUAUAGCUAUGAUCCAACCAACUAUUUAUUGUGUUUAUGCCAAUGAUCUUACUGAAUGGGCCGAGUUGACUGCAGUCGCGGCAUAUACCUGCGAAUGGGUGGACAAAACCCGAUAUUUCAGACACUCUGUACGCCUGAUCACCAUGCGCGCCCAAGAAGGCUUGCAAUUGCGCAUUUAUGGAUUUUUCAGUGUAGAUUUGAAUCUGUUGACGCAGAUUGGCGUUGGCGCUGCAAGAUUCUUUGCGAUAAUCAAUAAUCUCUCAGGAAUGGCGGAGUGAAAAAAAGGGCAGUAAAGAAAAUACCUCUGAUCGACUCCUGAAACGCAAUUAUAAAUGAAUGAUGAUACACUAUUUUCUGAG